UUAGAUACCAUGAGGCGAGUGCUGCAUGUGUGAGUGGUGUCACUGGUCUAGUCAGUGCUGUCAGAUCAGUUGUGCCGAAAGCUUCAGUUUCAUCUCUCUGUGCUUUGGUCUCUCCGCUCUGAUUUGACCAUGAAGACAUGGUAACACGACACUGAGAGAGGAGCACACUGAGCUGCCAGACAGUCUGAGGAAGGCAUGACAAGCUGUGGAGCCCUGGACAGAUUCAGGAGGUGUGUGUCGUCUUGCUCAUGCAAUAACCGUGUCAUGGCAGCCUUCAAGGGUGUGUGGACUCAGGAAUUCUGGCGAGCGGUUUCGGGGGAGUUUUUAGCCAUGAUAAUAUUCGUGCUGCUUAGUCUUGGAUCCACAAUCAACUGGACAGCAAAACAGGAGAACCCUCCACCUGCCGACCUCGUCCUCAUCUCUCUCUGCUUUGGCUUAUCCAUCGCAACCCUCGUCCAGUGUUUCGGGCACAUCAGCGGUGCCCACAUCAACCCGGCCGUUACAGCGGCGAUGGUUGCCACGCGGAAGCUGAGCCUGGCAAAGGGUGUUUUUUAUUUGUUAGCACAAUGCCUGGGGGCAAUAGUGGGGGCGGCCGUCUUGUAUGGAGUGACACCAGCAUCAGUGAGAGGAGGAUUGGGAGUGACUUCUGUCAAUACUGAAAUCUCCACUGGUCAUGCCAUUGUGAUAGAGCUCAUAAUCACUUUUGAGCUUGUCUUCACCGUCUUUGCCACCUGUGACCCCAAGCGCAGUGAUCUUAAAGGUUCGGCAGCGCUGGCUAUUGGCCUGUCGGUGUGCGUCGGCCAUCUGUUUGCUAUCCCGUACACUGGAGCCAGUAUGAAUCCAGCUCGCUCUUUUGGUCCUGUGGUCAUCAUGGGAAAAUGGCAGGACCAUUGGGUAUACUGGGUGGGCCCUUUAAUAGGGGGCAUCCUGGCUGCCGCUGUGUACGAAUAUCUAUUCUGUCCCGACCCUGACCUGAAGCGGCGCUAUGCCGACGUCCUCUCCAAGAGCCCCUUCCAAAUCGACCCGUAUCGGGUUGUGGACAACGAGACGUACCCCAGCGAUCAAGCUCAGCUCAUGGCCAAGCAGGCAGCGAUCCGAGUGCUGGACCUGGAGAGGGCAGAGAAGAAGCAGAGGGAGUCUGCUGGAGAAGUGCUGUCGUCUGUAUGACUAGUGAGAGCCACUGAGGAGGAACAGCACAACAUUAAUGAGCUCAAAGAAACAGAUCUGAUCUAGAGUCACAGCGUGCGUUUGUGUAGAAACCUUUUACCGAACGACUCCAAACACUUGACUUUAAUCAUUAAGAAUGAGCUAAACCACCAUAAUGGUCUGUCUUUGAACUCGCUUAAAACGCUCUUCCCUGUAUGCCAGUCACAGCCCAUAGAUCUCAUAUCCAAUAGAAGAAUCCACUUUGAAGAUUUUAGCCAGUCGCUGAACAUCCUUUAGCAGAUGCACCUCAUCAACUACAGAAUCAAUAACUAAAUGGGAUUCUCAAAUCUAAGCAACUGUAACGGUUUUCUUUGGUUUACGGGUUAUUACCUGGCAAUCAGGG